UCUCGCGCUCUCCAUAGCCGCCGCGGCUGGUGGUGGCGGCGGCGGCGUGGCUAUAAAUCCCAGAGCUGCUUCGUCUCUCCCCGUCUCUCGGUCUCGUAGCAGAGUAGAGUUUGCUUCGUCUCUCAACUCUGUCUCGGUGACUCCCUCCUCUGGGUUGCGCUUGGGUUUAGUUCGGUAGGAGAGGAGUCGAGGGGGGAGGAGGAGGAGGAGGAGGAGGGGGGAGUGAGAGUUGAGAGAGAGGAUGCAGGUGCAGGGGUUCUUCGACAGGUUGACGGGGAGGAACAAGGAGGCGUGGAAGGAGGGGAGGAUCCGGGGCACGGUGGUGCUGGUGAAGAAGGACGUGCUCGACCUCGGCGACUUCCACGCCAACCUCCUCGACGGCAUCCACAACAUCCUCGGCCACAGGGAGGGCGUCUCCUUCCGCCUCGUCAGCGCCACCGCCCGCGACCCAAGCAAUGGAGGGAGGGGGAAGCUGGGGAAGCCGGCGCACCUGGAGGAGCUGGUGGUGACGCUGAAGUCGAAGGCGGCGGGGGAGUCGGUCUUCCGCGUCGCGUUCGAGUGGGACGAGUCACAGGGGAUCCCCGGCGCCGUCGUCGUCACCAACUCCAACCGAUCCGAGUUCUUCCUCAAGACGCUCACCCUCGAGGGCGUCCCCGGCAAGGGCACCGUCGUCUUCGUUGCCAACUCAUGGAUCUACCCCGCCGACAACUACAACUACGAGCGCGUCUUCUUCGCCAACGAUACCUAUCUGCCUAGCAAAAUGCCUGCACCUUUGAUCCCUUACCGGCAAGAAGAGCUCAACAUUCUCCGAGGGGAUGGUAAAAUUGGACCGUAUAAGGAGCAUGACCGUAUCUACCGUUAUGAUUACUACAACGACCUUGGCCAGCCAGACAAAGGCAGUGAACAGGCACGACCAGUCCUCGGUGGCAGCCAAGAACUCCCCUAUCCCCGUCGAGGCAGAACUGGCCGGGCCCCGACAGAGACUGACCCAAAUACAGAAAGCAGGCUUCCUCUGUUGAACUUGAACAUUUAUGUCCCGCGCGACGAACGCUUCGGACACCUCAAGAUGUCAGACUUCCUUGGAUACUCUCUUAAGGCUAUUAUUGAGGGUGUUCUCCCGAUAAUAAGGACCUAUGUCGAUACAACACCAAAGGAGUUUGAUUCCUUUGAAGACAUCAUGCAACUCUAUGAAGGUGGGCUGAAAGUGACCAAUGCCUCAGCACUAGCAGAGAUCAAGAGGACAAUUCCCAUUGAUCUUAUUAAGAGUCUUUUGCCAGUUGCUGGCGAUCAACUUCUGAAGUUACCCCUCCCACAUGUUAUCAAAGAGGACAAAUUUGCUUGGAGGACUGAUGAGGAGUUUGCACGAGAAAUGCUCGCAGGUGUUAACCCAGUGAUGAUCGAGCGUCUAACGGAUUUCCCGGCAAAAAGUACACUGGAUCCAAAUGUGUACGGCGACCAUACCAGCAAGAUCACCGAAGCUCACAUCAAGCACAACAUGGAGGGCCUCACGGUGCAAAAUGCGCUGAAGAACAACAGGCUUUUCAUCCUAGACCACCACGAUCACUUCAUGCCGUUCCUGGACAAGAUCAACAAGCUGGACGGCAACUUCAUAUAUGCGACCAGGACACUUCUGCUCCUGAAGGACGACGGCACUCUGAAGCCCCUGGCCAUCGAGCUGAGCCUGCCUCACCCCGACGGCCAGCAGCACGGCGCCGUGAGCAAGGUGUACACUCCUGCCGACACCGGCGUCGAGAGCCAAAUCUGGCAGCUCGCCAAGGCCUACGCCUCCGUCAACGACUCUGCCUGGCACCAGCUGAUCAGCCAUUGGCUGAACACGCACGCGGUGAUCGAGCCGUUCGUGAUCGCGACGAACCGGCAGCUCAGCGUGGUGCACCCGGUGCACAAGCUGCUGAGCCCGCACUACCGCGACACGAUGAACAUCAACGCCUUGGCGCGGCAGACGCUCAUCAACGCCGGCGGCAUCUUCGAGAAGACCGUCUUCCCAGGCAAGUACGCGCUCGAGAUGUCCUCCGUCGUCUACAAGAACUGGAAAUUCACCGACCAGGCUCUCCCCGUCGAUCUCGUCAAGAGAGGUGUGGCCGUGCCGGAUCCGACGAGCCCGUACAACGUCCGGCUGCUGAUCAAGGACUACCCGUACGCGGUGGACGGGCUGGUCAUCUGGUGGGCGAUCGAGCAGUGGGUGGGCGAGUACUUGGCCAUCUACUACCCCAACGACGGCGUGCUCCGCGGCGACGAGGAGCUGCAGGCGUGGUGGAAGGAGGUGCGCGAGGUCGCCCACGGCGACCUCAAGGACCGGGACUGGUGGCCCAAGAUGGACACCGUCCAGGAGCUCACCAGGACGUGCACCACCAUCAUCUGGACCGCGUCGGCGCUGCACGCCGCCGUCAACUUCGGCCAGUACCCGUACGCGGGGUUCCUCCCGAACCGGCCGACGGUGAGCCGGCGGCCGAUGCCGGAGCCUGGCACGGAGGAGUACGCCAAGCUGCAGCGCGGCGGCGACGAGGCGGACCUGGUGUUCAUCCACACCAUCACCAGCCAGUUCCAGUCCAUCCUCGGCGUCUCGCUCAUCGAGAUCCUGUCCAAGCACUCCUCCGACGAGGUGUACCUCGGCCAGCGCGACACGCCGGAGUGGACGUCGGACGCCAGGGCGCUGGACGCGUUCAAGAGGUUCGGCAGCCGGCUGGUGGAGAUCGAGAACCGGAUCACGGCGAUGAACGUCGACCCGGCGCUCAAGAACCGGAACGGGCCAGUGAAGAUGCCGUACAUGCUGCUGUAUCCCAACACGUCGGACGUCACCGGAGAGAAGGGCGAAGGCCUCACCGCCAUGGGUAUUCCAAACAGCAUCUCCAUCUGAGAGUCGGUGUGUAUUCUUUAGAUCGAUGCAUAUGCUAGUGUCCCGCGUUUGCGGUCGUCUAUUUGUUUUGUUUGUAUCAGUGUGCAUUACCACGUUACCGUGAUUCUUCAUAGUCAGAAAUAAGUCAGUGUGAAUGUCAGUGGACCUUGAGGCAUGGAUAAUUUCAUCGUGAAUUAUUUACAAGGAAUGGAAGCUAAUAAAGUCACUUUGCUCUCA